AUGACCAGAAAGGGAAGCGAAUACGAUUUUGCUAUUUCAGUUCAUUUUCAACAUAGGCCGAGUGAAACAAAAUCCCUGUUGUUGAUUCCGGGACCCGAAUUGGGCGACUUCGUCUGCGACAGUGGACAGACACUGACUGUGAUGGUCAGCAGUGAUGAGUUUUUCACUUAUGUUGAACACCCAAAGACGACACGCAAGCAAAUUCAGAACACCGGCCUCUUCACGAGUAUCCUCGCACAAACCCAACAAGCUAUGUGCAAUCAAGACUUCGUGGCUAUUACAUGUAACGGCACUAGCGUCUUUUCGUACUAUGCAGGCUCGUCCGAUGGUACAGACCAAAAUCUGGAGAAUCGACUUGGAAGCGGCAGUAUGGUUCGCGGUCUUUAUUUACGGACCACGGCCCUCUCCGUACUCAGUGCCGAUUCGUGUGCCUUUUGUGCUUAUAUUCGAAUUGACCCCAAAAGCUUGAGUUUGGAUUCGUUUUUGGCGUGGACUCCCUACUACUAUCCAUGGAUAUUCGAUCGGCCGCUCAUGAAGGAAAACAUUGCUAAGCUUGUCACAAUUUCAUUGCAAGCAAAUUCGCAAAAUAAUGUAAAUCUUCUCGUGGAAGCUCAACAACUUUUCAAUGUGAGAGUCAAGAUUGUCGGUGAUGUUCAAGGUGAAAAAGAGAGCUUCAAUAGCAGUUUUGAACAUGUUGAAGAGUUUCCACUGAGCAUUUCGGCUUAUUGUCUUGUGAUAACAUGGGAAGUGACCGAUGCAAACGCGGAGCAAAUUGGCUUUUUGCUGACAACGAAAACGAUAAAGACUCUCCGAAAGUACACGUUGACGGAGGAGACACCGACUUUUGUCAUUCAUUCAUUUCGAAUUUCUCCCGAAGAAACACCUUUUCAGGGCUUUAUUCUUGCUCUCGAGAACUUUGACGAUGUUAUCAUAGAUAUAACUCGCGACAGUUGCGAUCAAUGGUUAGAUGGGAACAGCUCCUCAUCGGUUUGCGUCAACCCGACCCAAUUCACCAUCAAUGGAAGACAUUUCAACAUGCCAGAUGAAGCGUUUGGAGAAAAGAUAUCAUGGGCUGUUAAUCUUGACGAUCGCAAAGCUGGUGGCUAUUACUGGACUCAGAAUUUUGUUCUAAAACAACAAAAAGAGUUUGAGGUCGUUGAAGUUCCAGUUUCGAAUUCAUGCAUCUAUGCGGUCUCGUUUCGAGCAAGAAAUUGGGUAAACGAAACGAAGAAAGUGUUGCUCAUUCCGGAAACAGACCAUGAUAAUCCCAUCUACGUCACCGUUACCGAGUAUCACUAUGUUCUUGUCGAAGAGGAAGUCGUUGUCACUCUUGUCCCCAGCUUUCACGUGCUUCCCAUUCCAUGUCCAAUUUUGAAGCCAAUCAACCAAAUUUCCGCUCUGUCUCCAAAUGAUUGCUCCAAAAUCAGCGAAUCUCUAAAUUGUGAUGCGAGAACGAUUUUCAAAGGGUAUGCUGGCGGGGAGCCGGGCCGGAAACGAAAUCCCGACCAUUUUAUUGUUGAAGGCAGAUCUGAGGAAAUGCGGCUCACCUCCUCGUCGUCAGCCACUACCCUGUUUACCGAUCAAAGAUGUGCUUUUUGUCUCGUCUACGCUCUUGAUGGUUGUAAGCGGCCACUGGAACCUAGUCUUAACUUCACAUUUCCCUUGGAUGAUAUGGUCACCUUAUCUCAGCCUUUUUAUCCAUGGAUAUUUGAUAGAUAUGAUUGGGUGGAUCGGACAGAAAUGACAGCUCUUGAACCACAAGAGCCGCACGAGUUGCGAAUUGAGUUUACGAAAUUCACAAGAGGCACGGCCGAAAUUGCACUGUUUAAUGAAACAAACGACAUUUUCAGCCAAAACUUUACAACGAUGCCCGAAAAAGUGAUCAGUCAAAAAGCCAAAGUUGUGCGCGUAGCUUGGACACCAGAUAACGAUAAUCAAACUGACUCCGGAUAUAUGGCUAUUGUUCGGCGAUUGCCGGCUUGUCCGGUUGAACAUCGUUUGGACGUUGACACUCAGCCAACCUUGGCUUUUCGUGCUCUUGAUCUAUAUUCAAUUUCAGUCAAAAGUCCGCGCCAGUCAUUUUGCUUUGGAACGUGUACCAACUGUACUCUAUUGAUCGAGUUCUCAUUUUAUUGUUUUGACUCGAUGGACUGCGACAUUGAAGUGCCUUUUCUUAUUGACGUCACAAAACCUCCGAAAUGGGAUGAAGAGUGCAAAAAGAGUUUUGAAAUAUCGACUCAAACAACGAUAAAUAGUUGUAAAAUAUCUGUAAAGACGUUUUUGUCGCUGCUGUGGGAUUACGGGAUGCCACAAAGUGAUCUGCUCAAAAACAACAGCGCUUUUUUAAUCAGUGUGCCUGAAUUGCUUGAAGAAUCACACACUUAUGAGGUGUUCUCCUGUGACGAGUUCUGUGAAGUAACAGUGGAUAAGUCAAGCUAUUUGACCACGAUUGUUCUUGUUUUACAAGAAGAAAAGAAUGGAACAUACGUGUUGACAAGCCUACAAUCGCAUCCGGUGAAUGCGAAAUGUCAGUACGAUCUGAAUAUCCAGUCUCUUCAGAACCAAAACAACACCAAAGACUUGCAUUUUCUGCUAACGAUUGAUGAAUCGGCUCCAUUCAUCGAACAAUACCUCGAGAAUCGUGUCUACAGCUUGACCAUUCCACCCGGAUGCUCGCCCAAAAUAGUCAUCGAAGUCAGAAAGUAUCCAUCGCAACUAGACCGUACGAAUGAACAAAAACUCUGCCAAAAAGGCACAGCAAUGAUCGAUUCGCCGGGAUACUUGGACCCUUUCAUUAAUGAGACAUUUAGUGUCACAUUUAGUAAUUUGUCACUGUCACGUUUAGUCAUUUGCAAUGACGGCCUUUUGUUGACGGUUCGUGGUGAGGUGGUCGCCCUUUUUGAUGGAACUCUUCAAAUCGACUACAAGGGACAACAAGGCGACAUUAUUGCAUCUGAAAUUUGGCAUUCCUCCGACGACUACACUUCAACCUUUAACAAAACCCAUGAAAAAGUGGUGAGUGUUCUGAUAAUUUGGACACCGAAUGGUACACCUUUUGGCGGCGGAGCAUUAGUGUUAGUUCAUGUUGAUGAAGUGAGGACAUUGGGAAACGAUCCGCCAAAAAACAAAUCAAAGCCGUGGAAAUGGAUUGUGCCGACAGUGGUUCUUUUAAUUUUCUUUUUGCUUGCAGCUGUUGGCUGUGCUUAUGGAGCUCGUUCCGGACUGCUCAUUCGUCUCCUUUUAUCACAUCGAAAUCCAUUUGCUGACCAGAUUCAGAAGACAUUUAACUCGAUUCCACAACUGAAAAAAGCGAUGGACAGAGCACUCACCACAAAGAAAAAAUUUAUUGACGAAUGGGAAAUCUCAGGCGAAAAGCUGAAAAUUUUCGAGGAAACCUUGGGUGCAGGAGCUUUUGCAGUCGUGCAUCGAGGAUACCUGCAAGGAAUGGCGCCAGUCACGAAACUAUAUCCUUCAUUGCAACUUUCAUACUUGCUUUCAAAUGAUGGCAACGAUGUGGCUGUGAAGAAUGUUGAGACAAUCACGAUCACCACUGCGGAUGAGAAGGAUUACGUUGUCAACUUUUCACAACUUGGCUGCAUGAAGGCGAAAUUUUCAAAAUGCACAGACGAAUUGCCCUUUUCCGUCAAUGCCAACAUAACCAUUGAUGAAUCCACGAGAAGAAAACGCAAAAUCUUCACGAGUCUAUGUCCCGUGAUUGACACAGGAGCCUACCUCUCAACUUACACUAUUGCCUCUAUAAAGACGCUCACUUUUGAAAUGUCCGCGACUCAAAGUACGCACAAUUUCGCUAUUUCAGUUCAUGUUCAACACUGGAUAAAUGAAACAAAAUCCCCGUUUGCGAUUCCCGGGGGCAGUGUGGAUAAAUGUGAAAUACAAAUGGAAGUAAUUGUGCCGGCUGACGAGAUUCCAAUCUAUCUUGUACAUCCAAACACUUUAAGUGCACAAAUUCCGAGCAACGCCUUUUUUAUAAGCUUUAAAGUUGAAACAGAUAAAGUUGAAUGCAAUGAUGAACCCUUACCAUUCACCUGCAACGACAACAGCGUCUUUUCAACCUAUGCUGGCUCAGUUCCCGGCAAAAAGCCAAAUCUCGAGAAUCUACUUUACCGUGGAUCGUAUGUUUAUUGGUUUUCAGUGAAAGUU